GGCGCCACUAUCGCAGAGGAGAUAUGCAAUAAAAGUGUCAGCGCGACCCAAACAAUUUUGAUGGUUCCAGAAAAAUACCUGAGUUUUUCACCCCCGAAAUAAACAAUGUGGGCUCUUUUAGUGAUAAAAUUACUAGCCUUUUUUCUCCUUUGUGACGGAAAAAAUGCGCACAAUGUGAACUACCUGGAACCCGGAAGCGCGCUUGAGGUUUCUUCGGCACCCAAUAGUCUGGGAUUUACGUCUCCCCGGAUGAAUAUAUUCUGCUACAGAGGACGACCCAAGUAUGCUCCUCAUCUUUUCCACACAGUGAAUUUCCUUCUAGAUAUUACGACAGAGGAUUUCGUUCAGUAUGUUGGAUCGACGCCGGAAGAAGUUCAGAGUCAUCGAGAGAGUCAAAAGUCUAUCUUCUCCUUCAACUUUGGCUUCUCUAGGAAGCGCAAUCUCGAGCUUCAUCCCUUCAAUCAAACGUGUGUGGGCGUGGAGUCGUCGGAAUCGUACAAAGUCCAUCUGCAUCUCAUUCGAUUUGAUCUCUACAAAGUCUCUUUGCUGUGCUUGGGAGCGUUCCUGCUGUUCUCAGCCUCUCGACUGAGUGAGAAUUCUCUAUUUUACUACCUCUGUGGCGUCUCACUGGGCAUCUGCGCGUCCUUUCUGCUUCUGGUGUACUUUGUCAGCAAACUCCUGCCCAGGAAGCCGCUAAUGUACGGAAUGAUGAUCGGCGGAUGGGGUCUGGGCCUCUAUUUCGGACAACUUCUCUGGGAUAACAUUCAGAUGAUACUCGUUUCUUACCAAACAUACGCCUUGUGGUACGUGAUGAUUAUGGGCUUCCUGAGCUUCGUCAUCUGCUAUCGCUACGGUCCGCCGAAGGAUCAGAGGAGCAAGGACCUCAUCAAGUGGGGCCUCCAGAUGCUCGCCAUAUGCAUCGUGUACCAAUGCAGUCACUACACGGAGCUGGUGCUGGCCAUCAACAUGCUCCUUGUUCUCAUCUACUAUUUCCCCAAGAGUUGGAUGGAUCGGAGUCGCUCAUACUACCAGCGCAAGUUCCCGAAGAAGCGCCGUCUGCUCACGACUGAGGAGUACAAUGAGGAGGGCGUCCGUGAGACCACGCGGGCCCUUGAGGAGCUUCGUCGAUACUGCAGCAGUCCCGAGUGCAAGCAGUGGAACACGAUGCUACGCCUGAGGGAUCCAUCGCGUUUCGCGUCCUUCAUGGAGGGCUCCUCGCAUAUCCUGGACAGUGAAACACUCGAAUACGACACAACUCAGGCAGACAUUUCAGAGGACGAGAAUUCUGAUAAUGAUAACAAUGAGAUCAGCGAAGAUGACUCAGAGGGUGAGGAGAUUCCCAAUGUGCCGAAUGGAACGAACCGAUGGAACAGGUCUCGAGGAAUUAAUUCCAGUGCAGUAAGUAAUAAUGGAAGCUUCCGAACGAGAGGAGCCAAUAGGCAUUUUCAUGAUAAUUGAUCAUGUGAAAAUGCACGGAAAUGAGAGAUUAAAGAGUGUUAAACUUUACAUGAAUAAUAAUGUUUGUAAUAAAUUGAACAGUGAAAUAAAUUAUUAAA